AUGACGGAGCCCCACAGGGUUUCGUUCACCACUCUCCACGGCCCGCUGAGCGGCAGCUUUUUGAAGAGGUCUCGGAAAGAAGAUGGAGAGCAGCCCCAGGGCUCUGAACCGCCUGCGACAGCUGUUCGAAUCACACUGACUCUCUUUGAGCCGGAUCACAAACGUUGUCCAGAAUUUUUCUACCCAGAUCUGCUGGAGAGUUGUCGUGGGAAAGUGAAAGGUGGUUCUUCGGGAGACAAGAAGAAAGACCCUGUGGAUCCCUUUAAUGAUGAGGAAAAGGAAAGGCAUAAAGUGGAGGCUCUUGCUAGGAAGUUUGAAGAAAAAUACGGCGGCAAGAGACGCCGAAAGGACCGUAUCCAGGACUUGGCUGACAUGGGGUACGGGUACGACGAGUCCGACUCGUUCAUCGAUAACUCGGAAGCGUACGAUGAGCUUGUUCCGGCUUCUCUUACUACGAAGUAUGGAGGGUUUUACAUCAACUCAGGGACACUGCAAUUUCGACAAGCGUCUGAGUCUGAAGAUGACUAUGUUAAAGAGAAAAAAAAGAAGUGUCCCAAGAAGCGGAAGUUGAAAGAUGGAGGUGAGAAAAUGAAGAAGAAGAAGAAAGAUGAUUCUUAUGACAAGGAAAAGAAAUCCAAGAAGUCCAAGUUUCCCAAAGCUGGCUUUACAGCGUUAAAUGCGAGUAAGGAGAAGAAGAAGAAGAAAUACUCUGGUGCUCUUAGUGUCAAGGAGAUGCUGAAGAAGUUUCAGAAGGAGAAGGACGCUCAGAAGAAAAAAGAUGAGGAGCAGAAAGUGGUGACUCCUUCGCCGGCAGAAGCUCCAGCACCGAGGGAGUUGGAGGCGAUGGCUGACCCUUUGCUCUCGCUCUUCGGCCAUGCCAGUGACAACGACCUGCUUCAGGCAGCAACAGCCGUGGACUCGUUAAGUGACCUGGACCUGGAGCGGCUCCUCAGUGAGUCCCCAGCAGGGAGUCCCUUUCCUGAUGUGGAGGAUGGGAGUGAUCCGAUCGGGGCGGGCUUGGAGCAGGAUGUCAAACAACCGCCAUCCCUCCCAGAAGGCCUGCCAGUCCCUUUGGAGAAACGCAUCAAAGAACUGGCUCAGGCUGCCAGAGCUGCAGAGGGAGAAGGCAAACAGAGAUUCUUCACUCAGGAUAUCAACAGCAUCAUACUGGACAUAGAGCUGCAGACCCGGGAGCUGAACAGCCAGGUCCGGUCCGGGGUGUACGCCCAUCUGGCUGCUUUCUUCCCCUGCAGUAAGGACACUCUGGUCAAGCGCGCCCGUAAGCUUUAUCUCCAUGAGCAGGGUGGCCGAUUGAAGGAACCUCUGCAGAAGCUCAAGGAAGCCAUUGGAAGGGCCAUGCCAGAGCAGAUGGCCAAGUACCAGGAGGACUGUCAAGCCCAUACUCAGGCCAGGUUUGCCAAGAUGCUGGAAGAAGAAAAGGACAAAGAGCAGCGAGAUCGAGUUUGUUCAGAUGAUGAUGAGGAUGAAGAAAAGGGAGGGAAGCGUGUCAUGGGACCACGAAAGAAAUUUCAAUGGAAUGAUGAAAUCAGGGAGCUGCUUUGCCACUUGGUGAAGAUUAAGUUGGAUGGUUAUGACCUUGACAAGAAUAAGGCUCAGUCUCUAGAGGAUUAUGUGAAGACCUUCCUAGAUGGAGAGGUGAAGCCCCUUUGGCCAAAAGGCUGGAUGCAGGCCAGGACACUGUUUAAGGAGAGCAGGCGUGUACACGGACACCUCACAUCAGUCCUGGCGAAGAAGAAAGUUAUAGCUCCUACUAAGGUGAAAGUGAAGGAAUCUUCCUGCAAGCCAGAUAAAAAGAUGUCGGUUUCUGUUCCUUCGAUGCACUCAAGCAGCACCUUAGCUCUGUCUUCAGAGCCCCAGGGAGGAGCUCUGGGCAUCAGUGCCCAAACCAGGGAACUCUUGUCCCUUGGGACAGCCCAAGCAGCCAGCAGCACUGGCACUUCUGCUACCUUCAUGGAUGACUCCUUGGAUGAGGACUUAAUUCAUAACCCUACUUCCUCCCUCGAAGCAGUCUCAAAGGAACUGGCUGUGCUGAACAGCAGAGCGGGAGGGAGCCCUGACUUUACUCUUCCUGGAGCUCCAAAAGCUCCACCAGAGAAGAUCCCAACUCUUGCAUCCUCAGAGGAGAAGAGGACGUUCCCAAAGUCCAACCCUUCCCCUACAUCAUCCUCUGGUUCUCUCCAGUCUCCUCUAAAUUUCUUGGCUGAGCAGGCCCUGGCAUUGGGCCAGUCUUCUCAAGACAAAAAGACCGAGAACUCUAAUUACAAAGAGCUCUCCUGCCAAGCCUCCCCCAGCAAAAUCCUUCCCGAUGCACACCAGGCUAAACAGAAGCACCACAGCCUGGUCCGGCCAAGCCACGGGCCUCAGACCUCCAUGCCGGUGCCGGGCUCUCAGGUGAAGGUCUUUCACUCAGGCAGCCAGCUACAGAAAACUUUCACCUCCCCGGCUCCGUUUGUCAAACUGCAGAAUCCCAAGUCCUCCUCCCCGCUGCCCCAACGCUCUCUCCUUCAGCAGGUCAAGUCAUCAACCAAAGCUCAGAGCUUCCAUUCCUCUGUGUCACCAAGUGGCACCCAGAACGCCAGCAGCUCCCACAAGAGCCCAGGCUCGUCCUCAUCAUCUCUCAGCUACGCAGGAAAGCACUCAAGUGGCUCUGGUUCUUCAGGACAAUCUUACAAAUCACCCUUUGUUUCUGGUUCCCUCUCCAAGCACGGGGCUUCUUCCAGCAGUUCCUCAUCUGGAGCUUCUGCAAACCAGGGCUGCUCCUCUGGGAGCUUGCCGCCCAGUGUGCAGACCCCUUCCUCGGGACAGGCGUCCAGCCGCCCGUCCUCAAGCUCCUCGGUGAAGAAGACGCCUGUUUCGCAGAAGCUGACUCUGGUGGCACCUCCUGGAGGUUCAAACGGAGAUUCUAGCGGGGGCACUCAAGGGGUGGCCAAAUUGCUCACCUCCUCCCUAAAGCCAGCUGUUGUUAGCAGCACCGCAUCUUCUACCUCUGUGCCGAAAGGAACUAGUGGAGCUGUGCUGCUAACGAGUUCUUCCUCCUUAAGUGUACUGGCUCCAUCCUACAAGUCCAGCAAUCCAAAGCUGCCAGCUGCCCUGAGCUCCACCCCGUUAGGUAUUAUCUCUCCUAUUCAUUCCUUCCCUCUUCAUGUCAUCUCCUUCAGUUCAGACUCCUCCCCAAAAGCAGGAGUAUCAAAGGAUGCAAUAGUUACGGGACCUGCUCCAGGAACUUUCCACCACGGGCUUGGCCACAGUCUUCUGGCUGGCUUGCACUCCAGCCCCCACCAUGCAGCGCCACUCCCACAUUCUGCCCUGUCCACUCAUUUACCGCAAAGUUUGCCAGAUGCUCCUCAACUUCACAGCAAAGGGUCCAAUGCACAGCAGCGCAAGUUGUGA